AUGAUAUCCCGAUUUGCGCUUUCUGGAGCCUCCUUUGUCAAUUUCAACAAGGGAAUCCGUCAUUUUGCCAACACGGCGACUCGUUCUGCGAGAUUCCAAGGAGAACGCGGCGGUGGCUUCGGUUCAAGAUUCAGUCAGCCAUCCGUAAGUUGAUGAAAGAAAAAAAAAAUGGAAAAAGAUAUUUUCAGGGUUUCGGCGUCCGUACAGGACCAACUUUGAAGGAACGCCUGUUGGGUCCAACUACUGGAAAACGUUAGAGAACCUCCAAAAUGAUGAAAAAGUUAUUGAAUUCAGCAUUUCUCUACGGAACGUAUGCACUUGGAGGUGCAGCAGUUUUUGGCGUUGCUUCUUUGAUGUACUACGGAUUGAUUUCUAAGGAACGGAGUAUUUUGCAGAAUAGCGCGUAAGUUCAAUAUAUCACUAAUUUGUGUGUUUUUCAUGUAGUUUUUGUUAUUCUGUUCAAAAUUCCUUGUUAGAGAGAAAAUUUUAUCGUUUCCCCUUUUAUAUCUCUUUUUGAAAGUUUAGGCAUUUUAUCAACACAUUUUAUAAAGCUUUCAAGGCGUUUUAGCGUUGAAGCAAACUUGCAAGGAUUAUUGAAAAGUUUGUACAUUUUUCGUAUUUUCUUCUAUUUUCUAUAGAGCAACCUAUGGGGGAAUAUUUCAUCAUCAUUUUUUUUGAAGUUUUAGACAGUUUAUUGAUGAAAAGUGUUCAAAAACAUUCAAAGAAGGCCCAAAAAAAAAAGUAAUUCAUCCCUUUUCCCACAAAUUUAUGAACCCCUCUCUCUAGGAACAUGCAGUGAUUAUAAACUAGCGUCUUCAAAAAUCUUUUCCUCACCUUUUCGUAGCUUCCUGGCUUAAAAAUUCCGCAAAAAAAGUCCAAAAGGUGCAGUUUUCACCGAUUUUUUUUUUUCCAGUCUCUGGCCCCAAUACGUUCGCGACCGUUUGGCUUCAACUUACACUUAUUUGGCCGCUGGUUUGGGAGUGACCGCCGCUAGUGGAUAUGCUUGCAGUAGAAGUCCUGCCAUCAUGAGAUUGACCGCUGGUGGCGGAAUGUUGGUAGGUAUUCUUGGAAAAAUUCUGUCAAAUCUAUGAAAAAUAGGGAUGAAAUAGGAGUUUCAAAGUAUUGUGUUAUAUUUUUGCACUGAAAAUGAUGAAUUUCAAGAUGGAUGAUGGAUUUUUCUACUGAAAAUGAUGGAUCGUCACAAUUUUAAAGCAGUCCCAGACUCUUUUCUGGGUAUUUAGAACAGUCUAGGCCGAUUAGAAACCAUGUCAAGCUACCAAAUAUCAUCAGGAACCACGAAAACCUCAAUUUUCAGUCGCUUUUCGCCACGAUGGCCGUGAUGAUCGGCUCUGGAAUGGUGGCCCGAUCGAUUGACUACGAUAAUACGCUUCCCAAGCACCUCGCCUGGCUUGUUCAUUGUGGUCAGUUGAAAAAUAAUGACGAUUCAGUGUUUUAAAAUGAAUCUUGCGAAAAAUGAACCUUCUAGAAGCUUUUUCUUGAAUUUCUGCCUUGAAGAAAAGCCGAAAAAAAUCAUGACUACGGAAUUUUUUGUCUAGAAAUCUGUUCAGAAAACAGAGAAUCUCUAAGGAAGAUUUUUAAAAAAGAUUUUCAUCAGCUUACUGAAUCUUGAACCUUUUCACAACUUCCCUGGACUUUGUUGCUUUAAAAAUAUUCUCUAGGAUCCCAGAAAAGAUAAUUUUAGGAAUUACGUCCCGUAGAGAAACGCUGAAUUCAAUGACUUUUUCAUCAUUUUGGAGGUUCUCUAACGUUUUCCAGUAGUUGGACCCAACAGGCGUUCCUUCAAAGUCGGUCUUGUACGGACGCCGAAACUCUGAAAAUAUCUUUUUUCAUUUUUUUUUUUCUUCAUUUUACGGAUGGAAUCUUGAACCUUUUCACAACUUCCCUGGCCCUCUUGUUUUAAAAAAAUUCUCUAGGAUCCCAGAAAAGAUGACUUUUAGGAAUCAUGGGAGCCGUUUUGGCGCCGCUUUGUUUCCUCGGCGGCCCGGUUCUGACGCGUGCCGCUUGGUACACUGCCGGUAUUGUUGGAGGUGAUAUUUCCUCAUACUUUCUCAAUUUAAACCCAAUUUUCCAGGCCUCUCCGCCACCGCCAUCACGGCCCCGUCGGAGAAGUUCCUGAUGAUGGCCGGACCUUUGGCGAUGGGCCUCGGCGUCGUUUUUGUCGCCAACAUCGGGACCUUCUUCCUGCCUCCCGGAUCUGCCCUUGGAGCUAGUGAGUUUCCCGAUUUUCCUCUUCUUCAGAAGGAAAAAUGACCAAAAUUCAUGGAAAAAGGAACAAAUUUAGUGUACGAUUUCCUACAAAUAAAAGCUUUUUUUUCUUGUCCUGAAUAUAUGAUUCGAAAAAAAAGAAGAAGAAGUAAAAAAAUGGAUCGAUUUCUCAAAACUCUACUUAUCAUACCCUACAAAAAAAGGUUCUUUAAAAAAUAUUUCAUGUUUUUUUUAAACUGAUAGGUUAACUUCAAACAAACUUUUGUACAUUUAAAAAUUUCAAUAUGCCCUUUAAUUUCAUAAUUUCAAAAAAACCGACACCUGAAAUUUUUACAUAGUAAUCCUUCCUCAUGAAACUCCACAUUUCGCCCUAAUUUUUGAGAUAAAAAGUGAUUUUUCCGAUGGAGUAGGUCAUGUAUUUCCUUAUUUUAAGAGAUACGAAAAGAUGGGGUUUCGGCAGGAAUCUUUCUGGAAUUUUCAAAAAAUGCGUCUGUUAACUGAAACUUCAUCAGAGGUUAAAAAGUUUACAGAAAGUUUCAGAAAGAUUUAAUUCCUUACAAGAAAGUUGGGACCGAAACACUUUUUUUGGCUUGUUUUCAGACAAUUUUUAUCACAAUACCAGGCUUCUUUUUGAACUGAAACAAUCUUGAAACUGUUAAAUUCUGAUUAAAACCCACCGAGUCGACUUGCAGGCCUCAUGUCGGUGGUGAUGUACGGCGGCCUGAUCCUCUUCUCGGCGUUCCUGUUGAUGAACACUCAGAGAGUCGUCAAGAUGGCCGAGACGCAGCCCCAUCGGUCGCAGUUCUACGGCGCCGAACACGCCAGCCAGUCGCAGUUUUUCGGCACUGAACCCAUGGCCGUCAAGUCUUUCGAUCCGAUCAAUGCGUUGGUUUUUGAUAUCGGGGAAAAUUCAGAGGGAAACUUCAAAAAUCUGAUCCAGUAGAUGCAAACUCAUUUUUCCUUGACAGUUUCUUUUGAUCCGUUAGUUUUCAAUUUAAGCAUUCCCAAUGGGGGGAGCGCAAAGUUUCUGAAUUUACAAAAAAAAGUAAGUGCGCGCUCCGGACAAAAUGACGUCAUAAUUACACUUUCUUCGACGACCGCCUUUGGCUGCGUACUUGAUAUUUCAAAUUUCGCGCCAAAUUUUUUUUUUUAGACGUCUCCCCACCUCGUUUUGUGACGAGGAAGAAGUGAUUAGCUCCGAAAGAAUCAUGAGAAAUAGAAAUAGCUCAAUUUUCAAUAAUUCAAGGGUUUCGAAAUCAUUUUUCCAUCUGUUUUCUGAUAGAUUUGAGCUCAAAAUGGUUCAAUAUUGGAAUUUUCGGCUAGAUCUACCCAAUAAAUUUGAAAGUAAUGUCCAUUUUCUUAAAUUUGCGUAAAAUUUGAGGGAUUUCUAGCCUUUUCUCAACCUUAAUUUUUGAAAUUCCGUCUUUUUUCAGCCCUCUCAAUUUUUACUCGUUUCUCUACACUUCAGUUAAAUCUAUACCAAAUUCCAAGAAUAAUAAGUUUUUAAUUGAUAACAACAAAAAAGACCCCAGAAAACCUUGAAAAACCCCGCUUGAAAACUUGAAAAACGCAAGGUUGCCAUUAACAGCGGCGCGAUGAGUCAUAGAGCGACGCGUAAACAGCGGCGGGUCGGUCGCACGCUGGCAGGAGUGGUACAUAAACGAGUCGAAUGACAGCGACUGCCGCCCGAAUGAACCGUGGCGGUCUGCGGUGCAGACUUCAAAUCUGUAGGCGGUUAGCCCCGCAGUGGUUCGACUCCACCUUUCGGGUGUCGGAGAAAAGGAUUUUUUGUUGAACAUCAUUAUCGAUUUUACCAACUUUCGAGGAUUAUAUAUUUUUGUCGAUUUAAAGUUCAAGGAAAGAACCAGUUUUUUAAGCCCUGGCGCAAUAGAAAGGCUCUAAAAUGUCUCAAAAAGGUAUUUUUAUUAUUAUAUUUUUUUGCUGAUUUAAAGUUCAGUCAUUAUCGAUUUUUAUAAACUUUUUGAUGAAAGAACCAGUUUUUUUAAGACCUGGCGCAAUAGAAAAGUUCUAAAAUUCCUCAAAAAGGUUAUUUUUAUUAUUUAAAUUAGAGUUUUUUUGUUGAAAUCAAGUUCAAUCAUUAUCGAUUUUACCAACUUUCGAGGAAAAAAAUAAUUUUUUUAAGACGUGGCGCAAUAGAAAAGUUCAAAUAUCUAAAAUUUCUCAAAAAGGCAAUUUUAUUAUUUUAAAUUUUUUUGUCCAUUUUCGGCCAAAUAAAAAAAUCUUAAGAUUCUUACGGAAGCUUAAAAAGCAUAAAAUAUGAGAUUUUUUUCAUCAUCAAAUUUAAGUGCCAUUUUUAUUGAACAAGAAAUAAUUUUGAAAAAAAUUCCUUUUUUUAAAAAGUUGACUUUAAGGUUCUUAAAUUAAGAAAGUUCCAAUUUAUGAAAAUCUUGGGGAAAAUUUGGAAGAAAUCCGAAACUAGAAAAUUAAGACCAUUGAGAAAAUAUACUUUUCAAUGUUUUUUAGCUGAUUAUCUAAAAUCCUAAAAUUUCCAGCCAACUCUCAAUCUACAUGGACGUCCUGAACAUUUUCAUCCGCCUGGCGAUGAUUAUGGGCGGAAUGGGCGGAAACCGGCGAAAGUGA